AUGCUGGGCCUCUGUGGCUGGGCGGCAGUGGCCGCGGCAGCGCUGCAGACGCGGCAGCCGCGCCUCAUCCAGGCGCUGGGCACCUCGGCGCUUGCCUAUGGGCUGGGUGGCGGCGCCAUCAGGCACGGCGACCCGCUGCUGGUGGAUGCGCUCAAGCAUGCCUUCCACCGCGCCCGCCCAGCAGACUACCCCACCAGCUUCGCCUUCCCCAGCGGCCACACCACGGCCGCCACCUUCAUCUGCGGCACGCUCCUCUUCGUGCUGCUGCCGCUUGCGGUGCAAGCGCUGGAGGAGCAGCAGCGGGAGCAGCGGCUGCAGCCCGGCGUGUGGUUGCAGCAGGCAGCCGGGUGGCUGGAGGAGAGCCGGUGGUGGCUGUGGGGCGCCGCUGUCCUGCUGACCGCCGCAUCCCGGGUGGCAGCUGACGCGCACUGGUGCUCAGACACGCUGGCAGGCGCCUGCCUGGGCGUCGCCCUCACGGCUGGCACCUUGCAGCUGUGCACACGGCAGGCAGCUGGCGACGGCAACGGCCGCUGA